CGGUUCCCCCAUUCGGGAUCCGUGCGUCCACGGGAGUGCGGGGAUUCUGCCGCGCCGAAGUGAAGUUCGUCCUUUUAUCUCUCACACGCCGCAGGAUCUAUCGCGGUCCACGCGCAACGUGGUACCGUUCACCUUCCCGUCGACGUCGAUCUCAGCGAAAAAUGAUGGCGCCUUUAAAGGGUGAACGGUGCGCGACGAACCAGCAUGGAGUCAACGGAAGGAGUGCUCGGUAGCGACGUCUCGGGAACGGAUGCGCGGCACAAUCAGAAGCCACUUAAGGGCGACGGGAAGGGAUCGGAUGCGGGAAACGUGCGGGUUUUCUCGGUUGACAAGAUUACCGUCGAGAAGAUCGUCUUGGAAUCGUCGAACGGCUCGCGCGAAGUAUUGCUGACGAAAAACGAGACCUCGAGGAAACUGUCUCUGAGCUCGGGGACAAAGCCGGGCGUUGUCAAGCGAACGAAAGACGGGGAACAGAAGUCAUCGGUAAACGGUAGAUUUCGAGUCUCGGUACCGGGAGACACGUUCACGUCAAAGCCGGACGCCGGUUUUGGGAGCAACGUCCUCGCCGGCCAAUCGAAACUUCCACUUCCGAGGUGUCAAAAGAGCGACGGUGGUGGCUCGCCUAAUGAGGAGAACAGGAUCAAGCCGAUUCGGCUCGUUAAAAGCCCGUCUAUCGGCAGCAUCGUGAUUGAAGGUUUGAAUUCGAGCAACGCCAGGAAACACAAAGUGCCGCCAAAGGUCCCGGAGAAGCCUGCGGACAAAAGACGGCAUAAUUCAUCUUUGAUUGUGGAAUCGCUCCCUGCGACGAAAGUAGAACUGCGCGAAGAUUUAUCACCGAAUCGGGAAAAAGUUGCCGACGAGAUAGCGGCUGAAGUUAAACAACCGGUCGAACGAAGCAUUUCCGAGGCGGAAAAUACCCGGAGCGAUAAGGGAGACGAUGAUAAUAUAAGUUCCGUUGAAACUGAGAGGGACGACGAGGCGUGUAAAACUGCAAACGAAGAUCGCGACGGAAGAGACGAAAUCGGAGAGCGCGGGGGGGACGCUGAAGGCUUUGAAAGCCGUGAAGAAUGCACGGGAAUUGACAAAGACGCGCAGAACCGCCUGGAGAGGAGUCAGACGACUAUCGAGGACCUCCAAAAGAAUCUGAGCACCGGGAUUCACGCCAGCACCGCGCAAAGCUACAAAGAGAAGCUGCUGGACCUUCAAGCCAAUUAUGCUUUGAGGCUGCCGGUUACCGUCGACACAAAGUGCAGCGAAAGAUCGAGCCGCGGAUUCGAUAAGGAUUUCCUCGAGAAGCACAAUCUGGAUAAACGACUGAAGAUCGAGGAGAGGAGGCUGCUGGAAACCGAUCUGGAUUACAGCUCCGACAACGAGAGAAGCAGUGAAAUCGAAGAUUUACCGCCGGCUAAGGUCAACACCAAGCGGAUAUACAGCGAGAAAGUGACGGAAGUGGAGAAGAGGUGGUCCGGGGAGUUCCUGGAGGCUCAGCUGCAACGUAACUCCUCGGAAUCCUCGAGGUCUUCCUACAUCGAGGAAUUCGGUAGCGCGUCCUCGCGCGAAAGCAUCGUCGAGGAUCGCGACGCCCGACUGCUCUUUGACCGGAAGCGCUCGGUGAAGUUUGCGGAGAGGCAAACGUCGACCGACGAGUCGAAGAGGCGCACCUCGGAAGAAAUUCUGGAGGACACCACCGUGAGCACCGUCGAUUCCGAUUCGUGUCUGGAGGAUAGAAUCAAGGCCGUCGACGAGGAUAUCGCGCGGGCGACGACGAAUGGAGUAGAGACGGACGACAACGAUUAUAUCGACGGACUCGAUCGUGUUUACGAUGACGACGGGGAUGACGAAGAGCGCGCUCGAUGGGACGUAGAGCAAGCCGACUCGACAGUACUCACGACCACCGCGAUAGUUCACGGAAACGGAAAUCUGAAGCAAGAAGACCUUAACGACAACGUCGGCAGCUGCAGUGAUCCAAAUCUGAGUGAAAGGAGGAGCGACGGGGAUAUCGAAGUGGCAAAAUACGAGGAACGAGGGGAAGAAAAGCGGCUCUUAAACAAAGGAAGCGACGAGGAGGCGCUCGGCUCCUUCCCGGUGCUUAACUCGAAGGAAUUCAUCGAUCCGGCCUGCGCGGCUCGAAACUGUCGCGGAAAGGACGGCUACGCCAAUCUCAUCAGGGAGUUCACCAUGGAAGCGGGAUCGUCGAAAGUGAAGAAAGAGGAAAAGCAAAAGAAGAAACUCGGAUUUCGGCGACUUUUGCCGGCCAUCUUCUCGCCGAAGGAUUCUCGGAAGGACUACAAGAAGAAGGAGCAGAAGGAACGGAAGAGAUACGACGAGCGGCACUUCGCCCGUUACCAGCAGAAUGGCAAUUACACGAGGUCGCCGGACACGAUGAACUUGAACGAGGACAUCAAGAGGAACGUCAAGCUGGACAACAGCCUGAACGGUUCGAUCAUCGAGGAGAGGUUGGACGAGAUCAAGCGCGAGUUAUUCCCCGAGCAAGGGCCGAUUACCAGCACGCCCGAUCACUUGCUGCAGUCGGACGACUCGAGGCUUCUUCGGGACCGAGCCAGAGCGCAGCGAUCUUACACCACGGAUUCCAGUCUCAGCUCGAUCGCGCCGGACGAACGGUGGAUGGACCGGAGCGGGCAUCUCGGUAUCUCGCCCGAUGUGAGGAAGUACGAGCAGAGGCAGAGGCGCGAGGAGCAGGACAGCCGACGAUACGGCCAGCUGGAACGCAAGCACAGUCUGCAAGAACCGAAUCACGCCGGUCGCAGUUGCUACUUUCAGAGAAAUCACGGCUCCUCCGGUCGGAUUUCGGCACCGCCUAGCGAACGGUACCUGGUGCGGCCUCGGGCUAUUCAUCCAGUCGACAGGCCGCUGCCCGAGAUCCCGCAGUCCCGAGUGGAGCUGUCGAAUUACGAGAAUUAUCAGGACGGCGUGGAACCGCUGUGCGACGAGUAUCGGAAGGAUGCAUGCGUCGCCGAUAACGUGGAUUACCAGAACCAAAGCGGGCUCUAUCAGAACGAGCGGAGCAUCGAGGCCGGUCUGAUCCACAUGCCGCAGUCGGUGCCGGCGCAAGUGAAAAUCACUCGGCAGCCGAUCGUGAAUCAGACUCAGAGGGCGCCUCUGGUCGGGCGAAGCCCGAAAUACCCGUCGCCUGGUUCCAGCCAGAAGUCCGGCGAUUACGCGGACUCCAGUUGCACGCCUAACUCCAGUCAAAAGAGCGAGUUCUCGCCGUCCAGCUCGAAGAGCGGCGAGUAUUACCUGCACUCGCCCCGCGGCAGCGCACGAACUUCACCCACCGAGCGACCUUUCGACGAUACGCGGGAGAGGAUCUACGAGAACGAGUCUCAACCGGCGGCUCCUCAGCCGGCGAAUCGCUACGUCGACGAGCACGUGUACGAUGAGACUCCGUCGUCGCCGUGUCACGAGCGGCAUCCCGUGGAUACGAAAGCAGCAAACUCGCCAGAUAAGAGGAACGACCCGGGCUACGAGGAAAAAUGUUCACCGAAUCAGCGCACCUCCACGAAGGGUUCUUGCCAGCAGCCUCUUCAAGACACGGAAACUGCGCAAGUGGAGCCGAGACAGCAGCCGGAGAAAGCACACGGAGACCACGGGAAAAGUCCCGAGAGUAUCGACCCGAACUUGAAGAACGAGUCAUUAGCGGCCGGCCAAGCGGAGAGAAUACGCGCCCAGAACGUAUCACCGUCGAAGCCCGGAAUGACAAUGGCGGCAACGUCUCCGUCAGCAGGAGCCAGGGCGUUAGUCAGGAAGUCGCAGCCCAAUGAUCAAAUCCUGAUAGCCUCGCCGAAGAGAGAGGCCAUCUAUCAGUCCCGGGUGUCCCGGCCGUUGAACGAGGCCAGGCUCUGCGACACGGGAUCGCCCGUCCCCAUAGCGGACUCGCGCGAAUGCGUUCCUGGCAUCGUUCCAAUCGAGGCGCGAGAUCGGUACGGCGGCCAGGACUCCUCGGUCACGGCGAAAUCUACGGGCCAGCGAGCUGUAUCGUCCUUCGCCUCUUCGAAAGGUAUCUCACGUCCCGAGCCGAUUUACGGACACCGCAAGCAGCAGAGCCCCCCGCGGGGCAACGCGCCGGAGAUAAAAGAAAGCGAGAACGAGCAGUCGCCACGUGGCGGUUCCUACGGGCCGUCGGGUGUUCGCCGCAACGUUGACGAGAGGGUCGCCUGGGUAGAAGGGCAGACCUCGAUACCGCGGAAGUCGCGUAAUCCGGAAGGCAAACAAGCGCCUAACGAAAAAAGAACGGCUCAGUCCCCGCCGCCGAACACGCCGCAGGAAACCUAUCGGCAACACGUCGUUCAGCAACGAGCCUCGUCCGCGACGUCAGCCUCGUCGUCGGAGGGACAACCCUCGUCGCCGAUGACGAAUCAAGACAAGGUAUACGUCGUGGGCGCGAACGCGGCUCAGCGCGAGCCGAUGUACGAGCAACGUCAAAGGCAGCAACAAGAACCCGGCUACGUUCAGCAGCAACAGCCGGUGUACGUUCAACGACCGCAGCAACAGCCGCGACCGAGUCAAGAAUCGCUGUACCUUCAACGCGUCCUCGAGCCGGCGUACGCUCAACAAUGCUACCCGACCUGCGGACCCCUGUCGCCGUCGAAACGCGAGACCAGGCAGCACUUGGAAGCGUUUUAUUGGCAGCAAAAGGCGUUGGAGGCGCAACGGAAGUCGGCGGUCUCGCAAGCGAGCCCCGGCCCGAGGCAGGGUGCGCCGAAGAUCAACCUGCCGGAAGUGCGGGAGGCGGUUUGGCAGCAGCUCAAGAAACUGGACGAGGAGCAGCAGCGGCGGAUCUACGAGCAGAAUUUGCUGGCCGACGACGGCUCGUACGAGGCGUACUGCAGGACGCGAACGAGAAGUCCCACUGGGUUGCAUCCCGGUGUGAAUCAGACGUUCGGUCCCACCGCGACGACUAGCUCCGUCGGGGACGGUCUUUGCUGGAGCAACGCGCAGCAGCGGCCCAAGACGAGCCCGACUGGCAAGCUGCCGUUGAUGCAGGCCCCGAAGGGUCAGAAUCAGCCGGUACUGAUAGUCCGGCCGCAGCAGGCGCUGCGGGACCGGCAGGAGAUGAAGUCCGUCCACUGCCGCGAUCCCGCGGGACGCGACGCGCCGAGAUCGAAGAGCGCCUCGCCGCACUUCCACCGGGGCGAGAUCGAGCGGUCCAGUUUCAACGUGACACGCGCCAAGCCGCUCACCGACGCCGCCGCGAUAUCCCUGAGGAGGUCGGAAGCCGGCGGGGCGCACGAGGAGGACGUCAACGACGGAGAGGGCAGGUCGAGGCCGCAUCCGAUAUUUAAGAGGGGCAGUCUUAUCGGGGGGGAAUCGAUGGAAUACGGGAGCGCGGGGCCCAAGAGGGUCAGUUUCUCCAAUCAGCCGAACGCCGGCCCGGAUCUGCCGACGGGCAGCUGGCCAACGAAGCGUGGCACGGCACCUGAGCCGCCCACCAGGCGACACAGGAGCGAGGACAGCGCCUCGGACACCGACUCGGUGUUUCUGCAGCAGGAUCGACGCGACGCCAGCCAAGACCAGCCUCUGUACGGUGCUCGCGGCGCGGCGUCGAGGUGCCUGGAGCAGGACUACGACGCCAACAAGCCCCUGCCUCCGUUGCCGAAGGACCCCUUCGGCGUGUCCCGCCGCGGGAACAGCGCCAGGAAUUACGCGUACAACGACGUCCGAUGGAGCAACGAGGAGCAACGUCGGCGGCGACUGGAGGAAGAGUGGAAUCCAGAUGGCAAGGGUCGGCAAUCCAACGAUACCGGUGGAUCCAUCAGGGGGGAGGUUGAGCCCGGCUCGAACGAGCUCACACCUGGCAGACGGGCUGGCGGCGGAGGCGGCGGUGGCGUCUUGGGGGUCGGUGCCGGCGGCGGGGGCGGCUCGGGGACCCGAGGUUCCUCCGGGGGUGGCCGCUCGAGGGACGAGCCGAGGAGGCACACUCUCGGUGGCGAUCAUCAGCCCUCCCUUCAUCAUCAGCAGUUCAACGCGGCGCAGCAGCUGCACCCCCUUCACCCGCAUCAUUUGCCGCCACCGCACGGCCAAUACGGCACCCCACCCUCACGGCACACCACCAUGGAUCUCGAGAUGGGGACCAAGUCUCGCCAGAGAAAGUCGCCUCUCCCGCGCGGCUAUCCGCCCCCAUCUUCGACGAUGCUCUUCGAUGACGACCCGGGCAUCAUGUCCGAGGUGGAAACCUCCAGCACUGGAUUUCGGCGAGGUGGCAAGCAAAGGAGCAGCUUGCCCGUCGUACGAACACCCAGUAAAACUCUGGAGCGACCACUAGACUCCCUAGGAUUGGUGUUCCUGCAGUACAGGAACGAGACGAAGAGAGCGUUGCUACCGAACGAGAUUACCAGCAUAGACACCGUUAAAGCUCUCUUUGUCAGGAGCUUCCCGAAACAACUGACUAUGGAAUACCUGGACAGUCCUCACGUAAAGGUUUACAUACACGACAGUAACAAGGACAUGUUCUACGAACUGGAAGAUGUGAGAUCGCACCUGAGAGACAUCAAAGAUCGCAGUGUUCUGAGACUUUUCGAGAGCGCCGAUGGGGUAACAGGAAUGCCUGGGCCUUUGGGGGUGCCAGGUGGCGGAGGUGGCCUGCCACCCCAUUGGGAGGAUCAGAGCUACUUCAGUGAGCCGGAAUUCGACAGCGAAUAUCAGCAUCAGCACAUCCACAAGAGCAAGACAGCCAAGAACUCGACGUCGGGCAGCGGAUAUUACGUGGGCGGAAGCAGCACCUUGCCACGCGGCGGGCCGCUUCUCAGGGCGUACAGCCCGGCGGCGUCGAGCGUCGUCGGCGGGCCGAACGCGACGCCGACGCAGCCCAAGACUCUUACCACACCAGAUGGUUGGAUAGGUGGUGGCGGGGUGCCGCCGGCCAAGCCGCUUCGCAGCUACCAGUGUGGUAAGAGUCCCCUUGGAAGCCUCGGGGGCUCGGCACGCUUCUCUAGAGACAGCUCGGUCUCCCUCUAUAGUAUACCAGAUCGGCUACACGGGGAGAGCGGAUACAUGAGCAGCCCCGAGCGCGGCGGCGGGGUCGGUUCCGGAAGCGGAAGAUACCCACCCGGGCCUUACAGCACCGGCAGCAGCUACGAAGACCCGUAUUACUCGCAAUAUUCGGGAACUGUUACUCCCGUUAUCGACGAAGAAGCCAGGAUAAGGGUGGAACACAUGGAAAGACAACUGGCCAACCUGACCGGGCUCGUUCAAAAAGCUCUGACGCACGCACCGCACACCAGCCCUUCGCCGCGAGAGUACUUGCAAGUCCCGCCAGGACGUGAUCCCUACACAAGAGCCGCAGGCGCCGGGGACGAGUUCGACAAACACUCUAGCUCCAGCUCUGCCUCACUGCCAGAUGACUCGUACUUAAGGACUGACGUUAAACCGCCAAAAUUAGGCAAAGACAAGUCGGUGUCGUUUGAAAAGUCAGUGUCCUUCAGUGACGAGCCACCAGACAUGAACUCCCCCAAACAGCAUUCCCCGCAACAUGCAGCGGACACAAAACCUACGAAACCGGCAAUCAAAUCCUCCACGUUGCCGAGGAUGUCGUCGCAAGAACGGGACAGGCACAAGCCGACGCCACCGCCGAAACCGGCCGCGUUGGUGACCGGCCAAUACGUCUACAGGGACUUGGCGCUCACGCCGGAGAUGUACAACCAGCUGAGGGGUCUGCAGAAGAAGGCGAAGGACCUCAGGCAGGAAGUGAGGAACCUCAGGCGUAUGUCGCAGGCACAGGCUCACACAGUGCGAGAGACCAUCAGGGACACGUUCAUCACGAUCAGGGCAAUGCUGUUGUCGGGCGGAGACGCGGCUUGGACGGCCGGUGACGCGGAGAAGAUUCGACUGAGCCGCGAAGAGGAUCUCUACAAGCAGGAAAUGAUAAGGCUGGAAAAAGAUCUCACCGAGCUGGAGAGUACCGUGGAGGAGCUUCGCGGCAAUGUGAUCAAUAGAAAGACGCGUGUCAAUAUGUCGGAUGUGGAGAACAUGGCUUUAAUAUUGAGUAAAUCCAGCAAAACCGUGGCCGACUUGAAAGUGCGGUUUCCAAGUUUGCAAGAGGGCAUGAAGGGUCUGCUGAGCUCCGAGAUGGAGAAGGUGGUGCGCGAGGAGAAGUUCCUCAAGGAGGAGCCCGAACGACUGGAGUCCGCGUUGAGACGUUGCAAGAAACUGACCGGCACUCUCGUGACGCUCAAACGCUUGGCGUCGGUGCAAGAGCAGCGAUUACCAAACGCAGCGAGCGUGGAUGCCGAGGACACGCCACCGAUAACACCGACGACGGCACAACAUUCCAAGGCAGCUGCCCCUGUGCCAGCGGAACGCACUGUCGUGGGGUCAGCGAGCGUCCUCGGGGGAGGGGGCCACUCUCUCGAGCCACCCGCCGCCCAUCAGCAGCGUCCGGAGAACGCACUCGACGCUCUGCUAGACGAGCUGCAGACCUUCUCGCGGCCCAGCUCGCAGAUGGGCCAGGUAUCCGCCGGCUUGUCGGUGCACCCCGGCUCCACCACGCUCCUGGCCGACGUCGGUCGCGCCUCCAGCCUCCGGGACUCGACAACGAGCGUUGCGGCUCCCGGCGGCGGCGGCGGUCGAGCACCCAGUAUCAGCGACAUCGGUCGGAAGGGCAGCGUGGACUCGUCCAGCGGCACCCUGACCGUCGCCGGCGGCGUAGUGGCCCUACCCGGGAUGUCGCCGGGCGCCAGCGGCACGCUGCGCCGCCUGCACUCGUACCCGUCGAGCUCGGACACGGACACCUCGCCGCCCAUCGCCAGGCUGCAAGUGUCGCUGCAGGAGCAGCAACCGGGCUUGCCGGUGUUGCCGCAGGGCUUCCUGCCCGGGCAGAAGCCGCCGGUGCCGGAGCGGAACGCCGAGCUGCUGCAGUUGGCCAGCGCCAGGAGAGUACCGCCGCCACCGCCGCCACGCACCAGCUCCAGGUCGCCCUUGGCGAGCCCGACCAGUCCGCAGCUGCCGCCGAGGAACCACCCGUGCAGUCUGCAGAGCGGCAACGCGACCCUGCGCCGACCGGCGACGCGUGCCAACGCCGUUGUCGCGGGCAAGGAGGGUGGUAAGCCGCCGAUGGCUCUGCCGCCGGACGCGAUUCUGACCACCGUCGAUGACAGCAGACCGGCGUCCGGGCCGCCGAUGCACAACUCCUCGUCCUCGCAGUCGUCCGCGGUGCUCUCCACCAGCAACUCCAGCUCCUGCGAGAGCGUGAACUCGCAGGAGGGCCUGCAGAGCAAGCGGGGCAGGCAGGAGCAGCUGGAGCAGCGGCACCAGGAGCUGCUGAGGAAGCAGAAGGCCCUGCAGGAGCAGUACGCUCGGCUGCAGCAGUUGCAGAGGAACGCGGCGGGUCUCACCACCGUACCGCCGGCGCCGCCCGACCUGCUGAAGAAGACCGGCUCCGAGAGCAACCUCUUGGCGAAGAUGGGCCUCGGCCUGAGUGCCGCCAGUUCCGGCUCCCUCACCAGCCUCAACCUCAAGCCGCAGAUCUUGCAGGAGGUCGCCGCCGAGGUCGUUAACGGACAGCCGGUGUCCUCCGCGGGGACGAACGUCCCCGGGGGCGUCACCACGUCCACGACGGUCGUGUCGAGCUCGACGACCGGCUCGGGCACGACCGUGACCACCACGUCCACCACGACCACCAGCAAGGUCUACGAGACGGACAUUCUGUGACCGAGAAGCCGUUCGCUGAUCGGAUCGACCGUCAAGGUCGCCGCUGAAAUCGCGCUGGCGAGUUAACACGAUCGUCGACCGGCGAGAUCGCGAGAGUAUCAGAGGACGCUCCGGGAGGUUGCGGUGAGAUAAGGUGGAUACGAGGCGCCUGAACGGGACGGAAGGUGAAAGGAGGAGGAUCGACCACAAGGAAUUGCUAGGAUUAAGAGGAUCGGACUGAGCUGAGAGACGCGGCCGUGAACGCAGGGAUGGCGCCGAGGGUGCAACGCCGAGCGACCAACGAUCGUAAUCGAGGAGGGGAGGGUGGGGGAAUAGAAGCAGGAGCAGGAGAGAGAAAAGGAGGAUGGGAAGAAGAAGGAGACAACUACUCCCGUGCUACGGUCGUCCCGUUCGACCUCACGACGACGACGGAGGCGCUCCGUCGUACGCGGGCGCAUAGCGCGUCUCUUGGAAAGUAGAAUGCAGCGUAGGAAUUAGCGCGCGUCACUCGUAAACUAAUUACCACACUAAUCACUUAUAGUUAAACGAUAGCAUUAAUAAUCGCAAACGGCGUGAGGAAGCGAUAUUUCGAUACACCACGCGGACGUCGCAUAGCGAAGCGUCAACGGUCUGACGAGAGAGGGAGAAGCGGAAGAGCAGAAAAGAAUAAGGAAAAGAGAGAGAGAGAAAGAGAGAGAGAGAGGGAGAGAGACGAACCAGACAACGCGAAUCUCUCGGCGUCGUGUUCGGCUGCUCGCAUCGUCCGCACAUCCGACGGCCACAGCGAGCACUAGGACGCGUUUUCGCCUUCUCUCGAUCCUCAUCCUUCGACACCCUGAGGUUGAGGACGUCGUCGAAGUUACGGUUGUUGCGAUCGCAUCCUGUCCAGGUCGACAGAUCCGACGGUAAACGAGCCACCGGGGGUCUCCGUUCCGCAAUUUCCGCCGGGAAAAGCUCGGAGCCUCGCGCACUCCGAUCCUUGUAUACCCUCGUCUACACACACACACACACACAUACACACACACACACAUCCGAUAUACCUAAAACCUUCGCAACGUCUGUGCCAAACGAGAGGAACACGAUAAUUGCGUACUUUUUUAAGAUUAUACACACACCGCAACCACACCCGGCUACUCGUUUUUUUCUUCGUCGUAGUAAGGCGAGCCGCAACGUCGUCAAGGUUCUACAUAGGUGAUCAUCGUAUAAAUACUAUACAGAUGCAUACGUAUUAUAUAUAUAAAUAUAUACAUACUAUAUGUACGCGCGAAAAAGGACAGCUGCAAGGAGGAUUUAUAUAAAUAUAUACAUGUAAGUGGAUAUAUAGCUAGGUAGCUAGGUAUAUAUUAUAUAUAUACACACACAUACACACACGCGAAAUAUACGAGAUAUAUUACAUACACGCGCGCGCGCACUCAUAUACACACGUACGUAACGUUAAUGUCGCGCAACGAAGAGGCGAUACUCGAGGCGACGGCUCCUCGUCGCACGACGAUGUCGGCGAAAUCACACGUACAUUCAACACGCGUUUCGUACACGACGACGACGACGACGACGGUCCUAACGGUGCACAGACGUGUGUGACUCUCUUUCAUCGCGUUUAGAAUUAAUCACCGUACGUGUACAGACGCAAACACAUAAACGAGACCAGCCGCAUACACACACACAGGAUACGCAGAGCGAUAGGUGAUCGACGUGGGUUAUCCACGUUACCAGUAAGAGACCGGGUGGUACUCGUCGACAAACGCGAUUCACGCAUAAGGUGUCCGAAGAGAGGAGGAGCGACACAGAGCGCAGGCGGGAGAAGCUGGCGAUACGAGGUGGUCGAUCCGUCGACGGAGGAAGACUCGGGAUACCCAGGAAACGGCACACCAGGAAAUGCAAACACACACGAGACACGUUUAGAGACACCCGGUUACCAUUUUUAACCCAUAUAACACGAUUCGCUGUAUUAAUUGAUAAGGCGAGAUCGCAACAAUGGCGCGAAUCGGUCGGAGUCGUAAAGCGACAGAGUCGAGUAUUUCUGUCGAAUACUUCCGCCGGGACUACGUUCGCACAAUUGUACGGUCGAGUUGCACCGACGACGUUCGAGUUAAUUAAAUCGCCGUGUGAAACGGUCUCUCUCUCUCUCUCUCUCUCUCUCUCUUUGUCUCUAGAUUAAGACGAAGUGUUUCAGUAUCAUAAAUAAAGAUUCAACGGGCCAUUUUGUCGCGUGGAAAUUUAGUUGAUCGGGGCUUUGUUGACCGAUGUCCCUUUAUCUAGAAACUAUUUGAGAGGAGAGGAACAAUCGGCGAAAUCUCAGUGAACUUCCGCGAAAGCCACCCCGAGAGCUGAGAGCGGAGGGGGUUUGCGACUUGCGGCGGAGGAUCUCACAAUUCAAGCGGACAUCACGGGUUGUCGAUUCGCUCGGUUCUCUGAGGUCUUCUCUAACGUUGGUAGAAACGGGUCCAUAGAUAGAGAGGAGGAAUCGGUUGGGACUUCAGAGUGGAUUUCAAGUCGGUGCAACUGGACUCGCCGUUCUCUCGGAGUAAAACGUGACCAAUUCGAGAGUCGAGAGACACGGCAAGGCGCGCGCGCGCGCGACAAGCGAUUCUGCCGGCCGAUUUCUUUUCCGGCGGCCAAAGGUGUGCGUUAGAAGGAAUAUUGCUCAAUAUUCACCCAACCCAAAUCGCAGCAGCUCCGCUACAUUUCGCAAUAAAUGCCGCGCAUUCCGUGUCGGAUUGUUCGGCCGGGCGUGAUUAUCGUCCGGUCAAUCGGAGCAGCGCCGCUACUCGGCCGAAUCGUCGCGCCUCAUCGUUUCUUCAUUGUCGCAGGCGAGAAAUCGAGGGCUCUCGAUCGAGGUGGCGGAUGGCGGCCUCCGUACUCUCUGCACUCCGUUCGCAUUAUCGGGACAAUCGGCUCGCCUUGACGCGCCUUAGACCACCCGCGCGGGAGGGGGGGCUCUCUCAUCAUGAAACUCCGCGGACUUUCGCACUUAAUUCGACGAGAAACGGCAGGGGAGGCGGCGAAAAGCGGGCGGAUGCGCAGAGAAAAAUAUCGUACUGGGAAGAAAAGCAAUUAUUCAAUUUUCUUGACAAUAUUAUUAAAACACACACUCAUCACGAGUAUUAGAGGAGAUCAUUAGCGCUUACUCAAAGGAAGAGCUUGUUCUCUUUUCAAGAAUACUGCAAACUUUACAGAAGAAAGGUGAAAUUUGGUUAAUCGGAAUAAAUGAGCCGAGGUUUUCAUUUUAAUUUAAUAUCUAUAAUAGAGAGAGAGAGAGAAAAAAAUUACUAUAGUGGCCCAUUUUUGGUGCAAUAGUGAGUUUUUUGGUGACUCAUUAAGAAAAAGCGAAACAAAAAGUGACAAAAGUGAGUAAUUGAAUAGCAGAGCUGGAAAUAUUUGGGACAAUUAAGAGUAACUUGAAUACAGUAUGUAUUUUUCCGUGCGUACACAUACGCAUACACCAACACACACACACACGUGCGCACAACGCGAUGCCGCUUGUACCGUUUCAACGAUACGUUCGUUAUUCGCCUUUCGUCCGAGCAUCGACGCGAGCUCGCGCGCGGAUUGCGAAGGGACUCCGCACAUCCGCCACCUGGAUCAUGCAGGAUCACCGAUUCGCACAAUUUCACCGCAGCUUAAGCGUGCAAUAAAAGGGGCGAGUUCUCGUCGCGCUUCCCCGGUCACGCGGAUUUCUGAGAAGUCUCAAUUCUCUGAGAUGCCCGGAUCGUCUGCAAAGUGGCAUCUCGCGGACUUAUUUUAGACAGCCCUUCGGGCUUCUUGCGUUGUUUGGGGUAAACCAGCGCUAAACGCGAACCUUGCUGCUUUGAAGGGCCUAACAGCUGACAUACACACACACACUCACACAUACACACACACACACACACACAUACUCACUCACUCACUCACGUAUGCGCGUAUUUAUUUUCUACACUUCACCCUUUCGUUCGAGCCGGACCGGUUCGACGAGAUUUCCGUAUUAACCCUCGGAUGCGUUCGCAGAUGCCAUUCCGACUUGGCGAAUGGAUCUUCCGAAGGUCGAAGGUGCCGCGAGAGGAAUCGGAUGAGAGACGUGUCGGAUGUGUUUUCCCGAAUGAAAACCGGCGCACUGCCAAUAUUGUUGAACGAAGACGGGAGGGAGGGGGUGAAACUCGUUAGUUUUAAUUGAUAAUGAACGGGCCAACGUGCGCGCGAGGAAAAGGAGAAACGACGAAACGAGGGGAUUCGAUCUUCCGUGUAUUCGUGCGUCUAAUUCGCGGUAGAUUACAUAUAAAAGUUCCUUCUGUUACGCCAGUAAUUAGAUUAUCGAGGAUUAUUGAUAAAUCGAUUGAGAACAAGAUCAAUUGCGCAUACGUUAGCAUCGUUGUUGAUUAUUAGGCGAAUUUCUGUACAAAAUCUCGCGCACUGACGCGAUCACAUCGGAUGUGAUGCACGCACGUGAUCUCGCACUGUUCGACGGCGAUCGAGAAUGCGAAGAUGAGUUCUGAUCGGUGUGAUGUAAUAACGCUAGUAAAUUCGUAGGUCGAAAUUCAAACAUUGGCGCGUUUUGCGAUCAAACUCUAAUCUACGCUAUGUUUUCCGACUUGUCGGUAAUAAUAAUAAACGAUGAGCGGCGGUAGGGGGAAAAUAUUUGCAACCACAACCGGAUUGUGACGUUCGUUUCACGAAGGUUGCGGGGAGAAGGGGAGAAGAGAGAUUGCUUACGAGUGAUUUACUUCACUUACAUGAUAAACGCGCGAAACAAUGCGGCCGGUGGCAUCCGGGGGUUAAACACGAGCAGCGAGAACGCAUUAUAUCUUAUUUAUUUUCCACCGUCUCUCAAUCCGGAGCACGUCUAUAAGGGAAUAAUAAUUACUACAGUAAGAGUACUAAGGAUUAUAAGGCGAGUGGUAACGAUGAUAAUGACGAUGAUGAUAAUGAUAACGAAUUAUGUUGCGAAUUACAAUGAUAACAAUUAUGAUUGCGAGUGCUUAUCAAAUAUUAACGAUAACGACGAGCGAGAUCCCAGCGGCAAGAGUAAGAAAGAAGGAAAGAAGAAAAAAAAGGAAAGAAACACUUCUCCCGUAUUUUUUUCGUUUCUCUCACACGUCGGAUUUGUAUAUUGUUCUAUCGAUCGUAGAGGUACUUACGCUGUCGCCAACCAUACAUUGCAUUUGUAUAAAGCUACUCUUUUUUUCUUUUUUUUUCUGAACGGUGCAUCUUCGUUCGCCCGACGAUACUCGAGCAUCGGUAGAGCUGAUUAUUUAUUAUACCCGAAUACGUUCGCAUAAUCGCUAAGUAUAAUCUCACCCCACCUUUCUCAACCCCGCUCCCUCAAGCCCUCUUAAUCGUAAACGUCACGAAGCGUCUCGGACUGCCGAUCCGCGCGAAAUCGGCGCGGGCUGUUCGAACGGAUUUGCGUUCUUCUCCGUUCUCCAUAUUUACGCGAUUUAGCGAGUCAUAUUAGUGUAAUGUUUUCUGACGAUCCUGUACGCCAAAUCGAAUUGACUUGUUACAUUUGUAAAUGUUUGUAAGUACUACCACGUAAUAAAAUAAUCGAGUAAUAAUCAUCGAAUUACCCUGACGACCGUGUGUGUCUGUUAUCCAUCGAUAUAAAUUCGAACCUUACGAACAACGAAUAAAGCAAAUCAUGACAUACCA